CGGUUUGGGCGGCGCGCACGCUUUUCCGGCGGAAGCGGAAGUGCGGUUGCCAGGGGCGACGAUGAAGAAGGAGCAGGUGCUCAGCUGUCAGCUUUCGGCCUGGUACCCGCUCUUCAAGAAGCUCACCAUCAGGAGUAUUAUCCUUCCAUUGCCGCAAAAUGUAAUUGACUAUUUAUUGGAUGAUGGGACGCUUGUGGUUUCUGGAAGAAAUGAAGCCCCAAGUUGUUCACACGCAGAUGAUGGCAGUGAUGAAGAACAGGAUAUACAGUGGUCAGAUGAUGAGAACGUGACAACUCUUACGGCUCCAGAAUUCCCAGAUUUUGCUGCAAAGGUACAGGAAGCUAUAAACACUCUUGGAGGCAGUGUUUUUCCAAAGCUUAAUUGGACCUCCCCAAGGGAUGCUCAGUGGAUUGCGAUGAACAGCUCGCUCAAGUGCAAUAAUCUCAGUGACAUCUUUCUGCUCUUGAAGAGUUCUGAUUUUGUCACUCAUGACCUGACUCAGCCAUUUCUUCACUGUACCGAUGACUCACCAGAUCCCAAAGUAGAUCCUCAACUUGUUCUCAGGAAAUGGUGUGAAUUAAUUCCUGGAGGGGAGUUCAGAUGCUUUGUCAAAGAAAAUAAACUGAUAGGGGUUGCACAAAGAGACCACACACAGUACUAUGAUCACGUCUGUAACCAAGCAGCCAAUAUUCUUAGCUCCAUUCUAGAUUUCUUUAGAAAUCAAAUACAGUACAAGUUCUUGGAUGAGGAUUUUGUGUUUGAUGUAUACAGAGACAGUCAGGGCAAAGUGUGGCUUAUAGAUUUUAACCCGUUUGGAGAAGUGACCAACUCCUUGCUUUUCAGCUGGGAGGAGCUUACAUCUGGCCAGACCAUCAGUAAAGGAGACCUUAGAGAUCCGGAUUCUCCAGCUUUCCGCUAUAUAACAAGUGAAAUGACCGUACAGCCCAGUCCCUAUUUAAGCUACCGGUUGCCAAAGGACUUUGUGGAUUUGUCGCGAGGAGAAGAUGCACGUAAACUAAUUGAUUUUCUUAAAUUGACAAGAAGUCAAGAACCAGAAAGUUCAGAUGAUGAGGGAUAACAGUUUUACGGCAACAGUCUUCAUGGGAAAAUGCAAAGCAAAUGAAAGACCUUGAUGUGAAGUUCAUCUGGUAUCCCUUGAUACUCACCUUUGCAAAGCUUUAUAUUGGCUGAGAAAGUUUGAAAAGUUGCCUAGUUUUAUGUAGCAAAGGAGGCUGAUGUAACAUUAUUGUAAAGAUCAUGAAGUAAAUUGAACAAAAUGUAGAAUAGCUCUAAAUGAUAACCAUGUGUUAUUGAAAAAGUCUAUGUACCGAUGAAUAUGGUAAAUUUCUGUAAAAUAAAUUUUUAUAUCUUGAAAUGAA